AUGUGGGGCAGCGAUCGCUUGUUGGGUGCGGGGGGAGGCGGGGUAGCCGUGACAGUGGCCUUCACCAACGCUCGCGACUGCUUCCUCCACCUGCCUCGGCGCCUCGUGGCCCAGCUGCAGUUGCUGCAGAAUCAAGCUAUAGAAGUAGCCUGGGGUCACCAGCCUACUUUCUUAAGCUGGGUGGAAGGCAGGCAUUUUAGUGACCAAGGCGAAAAUGUGGCUGAAAUUAACAGACAAGUUGGUCAGAGACUUGGACUUUCAAAUGGGGGACAGUUUGUCUUUCGGUUCCAGGAGCUGCAUGCUGCUUCCCUUGAACAGCAUCUUCUAGAUCAAAUUCGAAUAGUUUUUCCAAAGGCCAUUUUUCCUGUUUGGGUUGAUCAGCAAACUUACAUUUUUAUCCAGAUUGUUUCACUGUUGCCAAGUGCCAUCUAUGGAAGGCUGGAAACUGAUACUCAACUCCUUAUUCAGCCAAAGACACGCGAAGCCAAAGACAACACGAAUUCAAAAGCAGAUGAUGCACAAGGAAAAUAUCAUAAUUAUGGGAGAGACCAAGAAAGAAUGGCAAAAGUACUUCAAACCAAACAACUUCAGUCUAACACUGUGGGAGUCACUGGAUCUAGUGGAACAGAUCCAGGACUUACAGUGGACUCAUCAACACCAAGCUUAUGGACUAUAAUAGGAAGCAUUUUUUCUUUUGGAUCUGAGAAAGAACAAGAGACAUCCUGGGGCUUAACUGAAAUUAAUGCAUUCAAAAAUAUGCAGUCAAAGGUGGUUCCUCUAGACAACAUUUUCAGAGUAUGUAAAUCUCAGCCUCCCAGUGUAUGUAACACAUCAGCAACUUCUACGUUUCAGAAACACUGUGCCAUUCAUGUAUUUCCAUGGGACCAGGAAUAUUUUGAUGUGGAGCCCAGCUUUACUGUGACCUAUGGAAAGUUAGUUAAGCUACUUUCUCCGAACCAACAGCAAAGUAAAACAAAGCAAAAUAUCCUGUCCUCUGAAAAAGAGAAGCAGAUGUCAGAACCACUAGAUCAAAAACAAAUUAGCUCAGAUCAUAGUCAAGAAGCUGGUAAGACCUGUGUGCUAAAGGUAGUCUGGAAUGGACUUGAGGAAUUGAAGAAUGUCAUCAAAUACACCAAAAACAUAGAAGCUCUACAUCUUGGGAAAGUCUGGAUUCCGGAUGAUCUCAGAAAGAGACUCAAUAUAGAAAUGCAUGCAGUCGUCAGAAUAACUUCAGUGGAAAUUACCCCCAAAAUUCCAAGAUCUCUAAAAUUACAACCUAGAGAGAACUUACCUAAAGAUGUAAGUGAAGAAGACAUAAAAACUGUGUUCUAUUCAUGGCUACAACAGUCUACUACCACCACACUUCCGUUAGUAAUAUCAGAGGAAGAAAAUAUUAAGCUGGGAAUUAAAGAUGGGCUGACGGAGUUUUCUCUGAAUAUAGUUCAUUCUUGGGAAAAAGAAAAUGAUAAAGCAAAAAAUAUUUUUCUGUUGAGUACCAGUCUGCUGCAGAAAACCACAAUACAAGUCCUUCUAGAUCCUAUUGUAAAAGAAGAAAACAGUGAGGAAAUUGACUUUGUUCUUCCUUUUUUAAAGCUGAAUUCCUUGGGAGGAGUGACUUCCUUAGGCACAUCCUCCAUGGAGCACAUCAUUCAUAGCCUCCUGGGAUGCCCUUUGUCUCGGCAGCUGAUGUCCCUUGUGGCAGGACUUAGGAAUGGAGCCCUUUUACUCACAGGAGGAAAGGGGAGUGGAAAAUCAACUUUAGCCAAAGCAAUUUGUAAAGAAGCAUUUGACACAUUGGAUGCACAUGUGGAGGUAGUUGACUGUAAAGCUUUGCGAGGAAAAAGACUUGAAAACAUACAAAAAUCCUUAGAGGUGGCUUUCUCAGAGGCGGCAUGGCGACAGCCAUCCGUCGUUCUGCUGGAUGAUCUCGAUCUCGUCGUUGGCCUGCCUGCCCUCCCCGAACAUGAGCACAGCCCUGAUGCGGUGCAGAGCCAGCGCCUCGCACACGCAUUGAAGAAUAUGAUAAAAGAAUUUAUUUCCAUGGGAAGUUUGGUUGCACUGAUUGCCACAAGCCAGUCUCAACAUUCUCUACAUCCUUUACUUCUGUCUGCCCAGGGAAUUCACAUAUUUCAGUGCUUCCAACAUAUUCAACCUCCUAAUCAGGAACAAAGAUGUGAAAUUCUGCAUAAUAUAAUAAAAAAUAAACUGGACUGUGAUAUGAAUAAGUUUACUGAUCUUGACUUGUACCUUAUAGCUAAAGAAACAGAAGGAUUUGUAGCUAGAGAUUUUAUAGUGCUUGUGGAUCGAGCCAUACAUUCUUGUCUCUCUCUUCAGAGUAUAUCCACCAAGGAAGAAUUAGUUUUAACAACAUUGAACUUCCAAAAAGCUCUCCACGGAUUUACUCCUACGUCUCUGCGAAAUGUCAGCCUGCAUAAACCUAGAGACCUGGGCUGGGAUAAGAUUGGUGGAUUACAUGAAGUUCGGCAGAUACUCAUGGAUACUAUCCAGUUACCAGCCAAGUACCCAGAAUUAUUUGCAAACUUGCCCAUACGACAGAGAACAGGUGUACUAUUGUAUGGUCCUCCUGGAACAGGAAAAACCUUAGUAGCUGGGAUAAUUGCACGAGAGAGUGGAAUGAAUUUUAUUAGUGUCAAGGGGCCAGAGUUACUCAGCAAAUAUAUUGGAGCAAGUGAACAAGCUGUUCGUGAUAUUUUUGUUAGAGCGCAGGCUGCAAAGCCCUGCAUUCUUUUCUUUGAUGAAUUUGAAUCCAUUGCUCCUCGAAGAGGUCAUGAUAAUACAGGCGUGACAGACCGAGUAGUUAACCAGUUGCUGACUCAGUUGGAUGGAGUGGAAGGCUUACAGGGUGUUUACGUGUUGGCUGCCACUAGUCGCCCUGACUUGAUUGACCCUGCCCUGCUUAGGCCUGGUCGACUAGAUAAAUGUGUAUUCUGCCCUCCUCCUGAUCAGGUGUCACGUCUUGAAAUUUUAAAUGUUCUCAGUGACUCUCUGCCUCUGGCAGAUGAUGUUGACCUUCAUCAUGUGGCAUCAGUAACUGACUCCUUUACUGGAGCAGAUCUGAAAGCUUUACUCUACAAUGCCCAGUUAGAGGCCUUACGUGGAAGACUGCUCUCGUGUGGACACCAAGAUGGAAGUUCCAGCUCUGACAGUGACCUCAGCCUGUCUUCAAUGGUUUUUCUUAACCACAGCAGCGGCUCUGACGAUUCAGCUGGAGAUGGAGAAUGUGGUUUAGAGCAGUCCCUUGUUUCUCUAGAGAUGUCUGACGUACUUCCAGAUGAAUCAAAAUUCCAUAUGUACCGGCUCUACUUUGGAAGCUCUUAUGAAUCGGAACUUGGAAAUGGAACCUCUUCUGAUUUGAGCUCACAGUGUUUGUCUGCACCAAGCUCCAUGACUCAGGAUUUUCCUCGAGUUUCUGGGAAAGAUGCAUUGUUUUCACAACCUCCAGUGUUCAGGACAGCUUCACAAGAGGGUUACCACGAACUUACACAAGAACAAAGGGACCAACUGAGAGCAGACAUCAACAUUAUCAAGGACAGAUACCGGAGCCAAAGUGGAGUGGAUGAAUCCCUUAACCAACCAGGACCAAUCAAAACCAGUCUGGCUAUUAGUCAGUCUCAUUUAAUGACUGCACUCGGUAACACAAGGCCAUCCAUUAGUGAAGAUGACUGGAAGAAUUUUGCUGAGCUGUAUGAAAACUUUCAAAAUCCUAAGAAGAGAAAAAAUCAAAGUGGAACAAUGUUUCGACCUGGACAGAAAGUAACUUUAGCAUAAAAUAUAUUUCUAAUUUUUUUUUUUUUUGGUGACUUGUAACAGUAAAAUUUCUUUUUAAUUUAAUAAAUCAGGUUAAUUUAUACAAUCACAGAUUGGUAAAUGCUGUGAUUAUGUAAUGAUCAAUAUUACUUGAGAUUAAUGCUGUAGAAUAAGUUGGGAUAUUUAUAACAGAUUCUGUAUUUUAUUUCCUAUAAAUCUAUAUUAAAUCUUUAAUGAAAUAAUAACGGCCAAAUGGUGCGACUAAUUCAUUUCCCCUUUGAAGAAAAAAUAAUACAUACAGGAUCUAAUUAAAUACGUUUUUUGAAACUCACUAGUAGUUGCAUAUUCAAAAUCUUUUUAGCAUUUAAUAAGUUUUAUGCUUAGCAGGCUCUUGACUAUUUUGGAAGUAAAAUAUCCUAUUAUUUACAGAUCAUAUUAUCUGUUGUUCUUAUAUCAGAAAGUACAGUAUUUACACACAAU